CCUCCUGCUAGCUCUGUGUCCAGCCAGCCAGCCAGCCAUGUCGGCGUCGUCGGACCCGUCGCCGUCCUCCUCGGCGGCGGCCUCUCCCUUGGGCCUCCUGCGCGCGCACCACCCGCACCCGCACCACCUGCACCUCUCCACCCCGCCGCCACCCGUCGCCCUCGCGCACGCCUACCCGCCCGCCGCGCCGCCCCCGUCCCCGGCCUCCGCGCCCAGGGACUACCGCAAGGGCAACUGGACGCUCCACGAGACGCUCGUCCUCAUCACCGCCAAGCGCCUCGACGACGACCGCCGCGCGGGCGGCGCCAUGUCCGGCGGGUCCUCGGCCUCCUCCUCGCCCCUCACGCCGCGCUCCGCCGAGCAGCGCUGGAAGUGGGUCGAGAACUACUGCUGGAUCAACGGCUGCCUCCGCAGCCAGAACCAGUGCAACGACAAGUGGGACAACCUCCUCCGCGACUACAAGAAGGUCCGCGACCACGAGACCCGCCGCGCCGCCUCCACCGCCCCCGCUCCCCACGCCGCCCUCCCUGACGCGCCCGGCGCCGGCGUCGCGCCUCCGCCGCAGCACCAGCACCAGCAGCUCCCGUCCUACUGGACCAUGGAGCGGCACGACCGCAAGGAGCGCAACCUCCCCACCAACCUCGCCCCCGAGGUCUACGACGCGCUCGUCGACGUCCUCUCCCGCCGCGCGGCCCGUCGCGGCGGCAACGCGAUCGCGCCCAGUGCCACCACCCCGCCCAUGCUCGCCCUGCCGCCGCCUCCUCUUCCUACACCACCUCCACCACCACCACCGCCGCCGCCACCGCCAUCGCCGCCGAAGCCUCAACCUCAGCCCCUCCUCGCGCAGCAGCAGCAGCAGCAUCGUUCGCAGCAUCACCCUCAGCAUCACGCGCCGCCGCUCCUGCAGCUCCCACCGCCCGUGUCGCUGCCGUCGGCGACGUCCGUUUCCGCUGAGGAUGACAUGUCGGACUCGUCGAUGUCCGGCUCGGACGGCGGCGGGUCGGAGGGCAGCCGGGACGAGCCGGAGGCGAAGCGGAGGCGGCGCGUGGAGCGGCUGGGGUCGAGCGUGGUGCGGAGCGCGACGGUGCUGGCGCGGACGCUGGUUGCGUGCGAGGACAAGCGGGAGCGGCGGCACCGGGAGGUGCUGGAGCUGGAGGAGCGGCGGCUGCGCCUCGAGGCGGAGCGCAACGAGGUGCGGCGCCAGGGCUUCGCAGGCCUCGUCGCCGCUGUCAACGGCCUCUCCGGCGCCAUCCACGCGCUCGUCGCCUCCGACCACCACCACGGCCGGAGCGGCGACUCCUCCAGGCGGUCGUGAUCCGUCCAUUGAUCCAAGCCAGUCGCCAGUUGGCUGAUCUACUCAGUGAUGCAUGCAUGCAUGCAUGGAAGAUGUCAACUUUUUGCAAAGAUUUGGAUCCCAGUCGAUCGAUGGAAACGACGAUCUCGAGGGACCAGGAUGUAGAUAGGGCAAUUGUUGGGCAGGAGAUCGAUCGAUUAGCAGAAGUUAUUCUGGGUGUGUUGGUAGCAUUAUGAUCGACUGAGCUGAGCUGGUGGGUGCUGUAGCGUUUCUUGGGUUCUGGGUUUGUCGUGGACGGUGAUGAUUAGUGCUGCGUGCUGCACGGAAGCUAGCCGUCACGUGAUCUCCGGCCAUGGGGCCCUCCUCUUGCUGCUCAACUAGGAGGUGCGCUAGCUUUUGCAUGGAAUGCCGGUCUUGCCCUUCCUGCUGCAUGAUCGUACAAUGCAUGGGCACCUUCCGUGUGCUGGUAUUGGAUUGGAUCUCGACAUGUAUGUACUAGUAUGAUUGUUCAACGAGUCUACUCAAUGCAAUCACCUGCCGUGCUCAGUAGAUAGGUUGUACUGGCUACCUA